AUGGUUUUUGAGUCUAAAUCUGGCUUACAUAUCAAUAUGCUAAAAAUCAACAUUUAUCCAGUAAAUGAAGUCCCCAAUUUAGAAGAGUUAGCAGAUAUCCUUAGCUACAAUAUUGGUUCUCUCCCCACUACCUACUUGGGUCUACCAUUAGGUGCUAAAUUCAAAUCAAUUGAUAUAUGGAACAGUGUUAUUGAAAGAAUGGAGAAGAGGCUUGCAACAUGGCAAAUUCAAUAUCUGUCUUUAGGUGGCAGACUAACUUUAAUCAACAGUGUCCUUGAUAGCAUCCCCACCUAUAUUAUGUCUCUAUUUCCUAUGCCAAGAGUGACUCUUCCUAAAUCUCAGGGAGGCUUGUGGAUCAGAAAUUUGAAGCUUCAUAACAAAAGCUUACUAAUAAAAUGGCUAUGGAGGUUUAGCCAACCUGAGGCAGGUUACUGGAAGGACAUCAUUGUUGCCAAAUAUGAUGCCCAAAACCACUGGUACCCCAAAAGAAGCAGGGAACCACAUGGAGUUGGGGUCUGGAAACACAUCUGUAGCCUACUUGAUGAAUUUACUCAGAAGGUUUCCUUCAAAGCUGGCAAUGGACAUAAUGUCAAAUUUUGGAAAGACUUGUGGCUUGGGAACACUACAUUGAAAGCUUCCUUCCCAAAGCUUUUUCAGAUAGCUUGCUAG